AAAUCACGACGAUAAAUUAUAUUGAAAGUGUUUCCAAUAGAAUGACGUUUUCACUGUUUUAAUGAAGGCUAUUGCAGAUUGAAGAUUUUCUUGUAUUGUUGCAAUACGUAAAAUUAAAGGUCUUCAGCAAUAUUUCCUGGAAAUCUGUCAUCGAACGUAAUUGCUACUAAAGCUAGUACUUAUUUGUUAUUUUAAAAUGGAACGAAUUUUCACAUACCUAGCCGCAUUUUUGAGUCGUCUGGUUUUUGUUCUUCACGCAUUUUUUCUCAUAUGGUGGCUGACACAGGUGAAGCAAGACACAAGCUACUGGAUAUUUCUCGUUAUUCUCUCUAUGCUUGUUAUAGAGACCAGUGUCACUGUGUUUUACCGUCGAGGCAACGAAUAUUAUUGGUUUUGUCCAAGUAUCUUUAUAUACACUAUAACUGAGGUUCCAUGUUUUUGGUUGCUGCGUCUACAGUUGGUGGAAUGUGUACAAAAAAACACGCGGAUAGGAAUUACUUGUUCCACGAAUAUUAAUGGCACCAAUCUUUUUGAGGAGAUAUUUCAAGCAUCAACAAACGACGAAUCUCAACUUUCGAUUCUCGACCAAACAUUUGUUCUGCUCUUAGUUGUUGGAAGGUGGAUGUUACCGAAGGGAGAAAUAACACGUGACCAGCUAUCUAGCUUGCUAUUGGUUUAUAUUGCAACGGCAGCUGAUAUAGUCGAAUUGACUGAAAUUUAUGAAGAUCCUGCUGUUGGCAGCAAUAUUCGAUUGGUUCGUGCAAUUCUUAUUGUUUGGUCAAUGAGCCUUCUUCAGUUCUCGUUCACUAUCAUGGCGGUAGAAACGCGAGCAAAAGAUCGCAAAGAAUUGAAGGAACAACUCAUAAAACAAGCUGAUUUAAGAGAGGAAGAACGCACUUUUAAAGUAAAAUCUUAUCAGGUUGCUCCUGCUUUGUAUUCUCACAAAUUAGCGCAUAAGAAGGCAAUAGAAAGGCAAAAGGAAAGGCUUAACAAUCUUCAGUUGAAAUUGAAGAGUGAUCAAAAACUCGAUGAAAUUUCAAUGGAAAAUGGCCAAAUGAACGAAACGAACGAGAAGUCAAAUCACAAAAGUGUUAUUCAAGCUUUCUCGAAAGCUUUAACAGGCUUUCAGGAGUUUGUUCAUAGGAAUUUGAACUUGAUUCAAUUGUUGACGCCAAUGUUGUUACAAGAUGGACCAUUUUUGAUUGUACGUCUUCUUUUGGUUUCGUAUUACAAAGUUAAAGGUAGUGGCACAUUCCUAUUUCUUACCGCUAAAAACGCUCUACUUGUCACGUUACAAGUUUAUCGAAUAUGUGUUCUUUGCUGUCGACCGCCGGAGGAUGAACACGAUUUAUUCCAGGAAGAUGAGAUCGUUAGAUUGCGUAAUGUACAAACUGCUAAAAAAUCAGUUCAAAAGACCAAUUACGUCAUCAGGUUGGUGUCCAGACUUCAGAAAAAGGAAGAGAAAAGUUUACCAAGUUAGACUAGACCACGGAAAUGGACGAGAUGAGUUUAUAAGGCAUUAUAUAGAAGUUAUGGGCUAGCUACGCAAUUUUUUAAAAGUACGUUUUGUAAUAAUCUAAGGUAUAGUUGAGUCUUUAAUAUAAAAGCCAACAACAGUAUAAAAACAAUAUAGUUCGGUAUUUUGUAUACUAUCUUCAGGUUGGAAAUAACUAUCAUUUAAACAUACUGGCUAAUGAACAAUAGCGUAAAUCAACGGAAGCAGAAAAAAG